AAACAAACCCCCUGUUCGGGCCAAAUGGCCAAAUGGAACAACAAAGCUACCUGUCGACAUUUAUUUAUUUAUUACUCUUCACCAUCUACAAACGACUAACUCUCAAUCCCACGACAUCGCACGAGGCCCGGCCCAUUGUAACAAUGCGGUUACAUACAGUUGCACUCAGCCUGCUGGCCUACGGGUUCACCCUCGUCUCCGCAACUGCCCUCACAUACAAGCUCGAUGCGAGUGAGAAGGCCUGCUUCUAUUCGUAUGUCAAUGAGCCGCCGGCGAAGAUUGCAUUUUAUUUUGCGGUACAAUCUGGCGGUUCCUUCGAUGUCGAUUACUCAGUGGUUGGUCCUGGCGAGAGGGUAAUUGUCGACGGACACAGAGAGAGACAGGGCGACUUUGUCUUCAGCGCAGAUACCGCAGGCGAGUACCGGUUCUGCUUUGACAAUGAGAUGUCAACUUUUGCGGAGAAGAUGGUGGACUUUGAGAUUGCGGUCGAGAAUGAAGAAAAGACCAAACUCCCGGCGAAGCAGGGGGCGCCUCCCGAACAAGCGUCUGCACUCGAAGAAUCCAUCUUUAAGAUCUCAGGCCAGCUGGCGACAAUCAGUCGAAACCAGAAGUACUUCCGAACGCGCGAGAACCGCAAUUUCAGCACUGUCCGCAGUACCGAGCAGCGAAUUUUCAAAUUUAGCGUUAUCGAGGGUUUGAUGAUGAUGACAAUGGCCGGAUUGCAGGUGUUUAUUGUUCGGUUCUUUUUCCAGGGCGCGAGGAAAGGCUACGUAUGAUAAAGCGGCUAUCGGCGGGGAUCUUUUUUCUUUCUUGUUUGAAUUGACUUUACAUUCAGCGACAGGACGACAUGGGCUUUUCUUAUAUUAAUUUAUGGUAUAAAUGAGAAUGAAUUUGUUCAUAUUCAUAUAUUAUUGAUAGUUCGGCUGGCACGCAGAAUCUGUUAUAAUGAUAGAGCCUCAUUUAGUUUAUAAGGGUCUCUACUACUUUUAUUAUACCUGUCCGAUUAAAUCCUCGUUGCAAUUGUCAUGUGUGUGUUGGCUAGUUAUUUAUUUAUAUAUUUUACUCUUAAAUUACCGUACAGGCAAGCUGGAUUUUCCAUUUCUGUGGCAUUGUGCAACCUUCUCCCUCCCUGCAUGUGAAGAUCGAGAUUUAUUCUACUCCGUUAACAUCAUGAAUGGAUCAUUGUGGCGCAGCAAUAUAAUCACGUG